AAAAUUUUAUGAUAUAAAAAAAAAUAAUAAUAAUAAUAAAAAAAUUAAAAAAAUGAAUAAAAAUUAUUAUCCAAUCAUAGUAAUAAAAUCAGUAGCAUGUAGUUAUAUAGAAGCAUUAAAACAUUUAAAUAAUAAUAUAAUAGUAAUAUAUAAACCAGAAGAAAUAUAUGGUGGUGGAUUAUUAAAAUAUUGUAAAUUAUUAAUAAAUGGUUAUAAACCAUGUAAAAUGAUUGAUAUAAAAUUAAUGGAAAAAUAUAUGUGUUCAAGAUUUUUUAUUGAUUUUUCAAAUAUAUUAAGUCAAUAUUAUCAAUUAAAUGAUUUUUUAAUGAAUUAUAUAGAAAAUAAUUAUCAAAUUAAAAUAGAUUAUUUAAAUAUCUUGUAUGAAGUUGUUUCACAUUCUACAAUCUGUUUAAUGACACAUGAAAGACAACAAACUUUAUGCUUGAUUCAAAUGUUCUUACGUGAUGUUACUGAACAAGAAAAACAAAAUCAACAAUCUGUUGUACAUUUGCAAGAAUUCUCGUCAAAAGAUUGGGCAUUAGAUAAAGUAUUUUACGGGACUAAUUACUUUCCUAAACAAAUAUAUUCAAUAAAUGAUCAACAUAAAUUAUACAAUCAUCAAUGUCAAUUUGAAUUCAUGAAUAAUUCAAAAGAUAUAACUGAUCAACAAAAUUCUACAGUUUCUAACUCAUUUCAAUCAAAUAUUGAUUUGAAACAUGUAAACAAAGUGGAAAACACUUCUAGUGUUGAAGAUGAAAAUAAUGAUAAGAAUGAUGCACAAAGUCACAACAACAACAACAACAACAACAACAACAGUUUUAAUGACACUGAUGACAAUAACAUUGGUCAUACACAAUUCACAAAUGAAUCACAAACUGAUGUGAACUAUCAUAAUAACAAUAAUUACAUCGAGAAAUCUAUGGAAAAGAAUAAUCACUUACAAAAGACUGUUGACAACUCAAUUUAUAUAAAGGAAACAAUGAAUGAUAAUCAAAAUUUACAAAAUAUUUCACAAAUUCACAAUAAGAUGGCAUAUUCAAAUCAGAAAAUAUUAUGUAAGAAUAAUUGUGCAUUAUGUAAUCAUCAUAUUCAUUCUCAACUUUGUCAUAAUCAUCAUCAUGAUCAUCAACAUGAUAAUAAUAAUAAUUAUUAUUAUUAUCAUAAUCCGCACUGUUAUCAUUAUCAUCAUCAUUCUUGUCAAUUUAAUAAUGAAUUAUAUUAUAUACCACAAAUUGUCACCUAUUUUCCUGCUAAUGAAUAUCUACUUUCAUUAUCUACAAAUAAGAAUCAAGCAUUUUAUUCAAUUCCACAUAGUACUAUUCCAGAUCAUAAUAAUGAUACUACUUAUAAUACUACUAUUGAUACUAAUACUUCUACUACUACUACCAUUACAAAUAAUGGUAAUCAUUCAACAACAAAUAUUCUAUCUAAUAAACUUCCACAUUAUCAUGCAAAAAUACUUCUACCACAAGAUAAUAGUGUAGAAACAACAAAUAAUGGUGAUAUACGAUAUUAUGUUGGUGUACCAUGUUCUUAUCCAUCGAAUAUAAUCUGUUCAAAAUAUUCUCUAAAUAAUAUUAAUAAUAAUGUUUAUAGUAGUAAUAAUAAUGAUGAUAAUAAUACUGUACAAACAAGAGAUGAUGUGUUAACUUAUUGUGGUGAACCAUUUAUUUAUUAUACACCAGAUCAAAAUUAUUAUAUUUAUUCAACACCAACUGCAUCAACAAUCGCUUCAUCUAUACAAGAAAAUAUUCCUAUAUUGUAAAUUAUUUAUUGAAUUUCCAUAAAAUUUAUUAUAUUCAUAACUUGAUUGAUUUAUACACAAAAUCUAUCCGUAUGCAUUUCUUUAUAAAUGAGAAUAAAUGACUGAGAAAGCGCGCGAGAGAGAGAGAGAAAGAUGGAGAGAGGGAGAGAGGGGGAAACAAAUCUUUAAAAAUUUAGGAUAUAAUCAGGCAGCAGUAUUUAAAAUUUACAUAUUCACAAAAUUAAUUUAUUUGUUUUAGGUUUUACCACAUAAAAAGAAAUAACAAAAAACGGAAAAUAAAAUUUGACAUUAUUUUCAAUUCAACUUAUAUACAUACAUAGAUACUGGAAAAAAAAAGAAAAAAAUGAAGAAAAAAGAAAAAAAAAACAAAAACUAGAUACUCAUUACAUUAUAUUCAUUAUUAAUGUUGUGUCACUGAGAUAUUUAUAAGUUGAACUAUAAUUUUGUCCAUUAAACAUAAUUUUUGUGAUUGUCCUCUAUUUAUUUAUUUAUUUGUUUGUUUAUUUGAUUUUCUUUUUGUAUACCUGAAAUUAUUUUAUUGUAUGUUUGUUAAAAUUCUAUUUUUUUUUGUUUUCUCUCCCAAAAUUCCAUGUCAACAUAUGUUUAUGUUGUAUUGUAUUGUUGCUAUGUCUUGUGAUUUUAAAUAUGAAAAAAUUGAUUAAGAAUUAUUAUGUUGUAUGUUCUUUCGUUUGUUAUUUAUUUCUAUGGUUUAUUAUAAAAAAUAAAAUUGAUUUUUUCACCAAUUAAGUAAUAUUCAUUGUCAUUAUGCUAGACAAGAAAUAUCUUGGUGUUGAGUAAAUUCUAUCGAUUGAAUUAACAAUGUAACUAAUAAGGGUAUAAUUUAAAAUCAGGUUGUAUUUUUUUUUAAUUUUUGGUAAGAUUAAGUGAUCGAAAACAAUUAUGGAAGAUCGUUGAUGAACAAGAUUUUAUACUGAUCAUCAUUUGCAUGUUUCCGAAUAAAAGUAUUCUGAUUUAUUGUAAUCGAUCAUAUUCGUUAGUAUCCAUUGUUACUUAAAAUAGUAAUCCUUAUUUGGUCGAUAAGCAAAUGUAAAUUACUUUUGAAUAAAAUGUCAGUGCACUGAUCUUUAUAGUUGCAAUUAUUAUUUGAAAUGUAUAAGUAUGUCUGUCGUUUGUAUUAACUUUACAUUAUCGAGUAUCUAUUCUGUUUAUCUAUAUUCCAAUAUUUAUGUAGAAGACCACCUCCAUAUACCUGUUUGGUAACUUAAUAGUCCUGCCCCAUUUAUCUCUCUACGUGACUCUGUUCAUUGUAUACUCUUGAUUAUUGUAAAAUGAUAUAUUGACUAUACAUAGGUCGUCUGAGAACAACAUAUAGAGAAAAUAAAAUCAGCGCCUUCAGAUUCUACUGCCUGAUGCAAACAAUUACAGAUAAAAUUUAGAGUUUGAUGCUUGUUAACGUUUGUUGCAUUAAAUCUAGGAUUUAAUCCUGUUACGAUUAAAAAGAAAAGAGCAAUUUAUCCGUUUACACUAUAUGUAUAUCUUUACUAUAUUGUAGAGCAGAUGAAAAAAUGUCGUGAGUAAACAAAAACACAUUGAAUUCAUUUAUCACUCAACAAGAAAAAGUGAGACGCAUAAUACAUUUAAAAAGAUGACAUAAAUAGCUUUCGACUUAUCUUCUGGUU